CGCGGCUCCCAGGCUGCCCCGCGGCCUGCCCCGGUUUGUGGCGGCCAUGGCGCUGCUGACGGACCUCUACCAGCUCACCAUGGCCUACGGGUACUGGCGGGCCGGGCGGCACCGUGCCCCCGCUGCCGCCGAGCUCUUCUUCCGCUGCGAGCCCUUCCAUGGCGCCUUCGCCCUGGGCACGGGCCUGGCCGAGGGCCUCCGCUUCCUCCGCGCCUUCCGCUUCUCCGCCGCCGACAUCGCCUACCUGCGCUCGGUCCUGCCCAGCACGACGGAGGACGCCUUCUUCGAUUACCUCUGCACCGUGGACGCCUCAGAGGUCACCGUCUCUUCCGUGCCAGAAGGCUCCGUCGUCUUCUCCAGGGUCCCGCUCCUGCAGGUGAAGGGGCCGCUGCUGGUGGUGCAGCUGCUGGAAACCACCCUGCUGUGCCUGGUCAACUACGCCAGCCUGGUGGCCACGAACGCCGCCCGCUUCCGCCUCCUCGCUGGCCCCGAGAUGAAGCUGAUGGAGAUCGGGCUGCGUCGCGCCCAGGGGCCAGACGGCGGCCUGUCUGCCUCCAAGUACUCCUACAUCGGGGGCUUCGACUACACCAGCAACGUCCUCGCGGGGAAGCUCUACGGCAUCCCGGUGCGCGGCACCAUCGCCCACUCCUUCAUCAUGUCCUUCACGUCGCUGGCGGAGGUGCAGCCCAGGGUCCUGCCACCGCUGGCGGGCGGGGAGCCGGUGGAUCUCGCAGCCCUGGCCGAGUCGUGGCUGCAGCGGGUGUGCGAGCUGCUGCACAGCCCCCCCGAGAAGGCCAACCGCGGCGAGCUGGCCGCCUUCGUGUCCUACGCCAUCACCUUCCCGCACAACUUCCAGGGGCUGCUGGACACGUACUGCGUCAUGAGGAGCGGCCUGCCCAAUUUCUGUGCCGUGGCGCUGGCCCUGCACCAGCUGGGGUACCGCGCCAUCGGGGUGCGCCUGGACAGCGGGGACCUGGUCCAGCAGUCCAAGGAGAUCCGGCGGGUGCUCCGAGCCUGCGGCACCACCUUCCAGGUGCCCUGGUUUGGGAGCAUCCCCAUCGCCGUGAGCAACGACAUCAGCGAACAGAGCCUGGAGAGCUUCAUCCGGGAGGGGAGCGAGAUCGACGUGAUCGGUGUGGGGACAAACCUGGUGACGUGUCCCCUGCAGCCGUCGCUGGGCUGCGUCUACAAGUGGCCUCCCCAGCACACAAGGGGACACGGAGCUCUGCACGGCCCUUGGCACCAGCUUUGUGUGGCAAAGACAAGGAGCCCGUCCCCAUACCGUCCUCUUCUCCCGCAGCUCGUGGAGGUCAACGGCUCGCCUUGCCUGAAGCUCACGGAGGAGGAGGAGAAGAUGACGAUCCCCGGGAUUAAGGCAGUGUAUCGGCUCUACGACGACGCCGGUCACCCCUUCAUGGACCUCAUGGCCCUGGAGGACGAGCCCGCACCCAACGCAGGGCAGGAGCUGGCGGUCCACGUCCUGGGGAGGAGAGGAGAGGCCACCAAGGUCAGGCCCACCGCCGUGGAGCCCCUGCAUCGCACGUACUUCAGAGACGGCCAGGUGUGCGAGGUCCUGCCCAGCCUGCCGGAGGUGCGGAGCCACGCGCAGGCGUCCCUCAGCCAGCUCAGCCCCGCUCACCGCCGGCUCCGCGAGCCGCAGCCCUACCCGGUGGCCGUGACGGAGAAGCUGCACCUCCUCCUCGCAGAGCUGCGGCAGGCCAGGCAGUGAGGGGGUCCCCGCGCGCCCCCCGCGCCCUGCCAGCCCCCACCUGGGGCCAGCGCUUCCGACGUCCUCUUUGGAAGGCCAGGUGAUUAA